AUGUCUGACAACCUUAAUAAGAGAUUGUUGACUCUCUUCAUAUCAGUAUUAGUGGGAUUGACUUCAGGAACUCCUUAUCUUUAUGGAGUUUACAGUGUUCAAUUGGUACAAAAAGUCGGACUUACAGCUUCGGAUGCCGCUUCCAUUUCGUUGUCAACAAAUAUUGGGGGUUCGGUUGGUGGAUUGUUUGCUGGUGUUAUAAUUGAUCAAUUGGGUCCUCGGUUGGCAGCCUUCAUUGGGUCAGUUGGUAUAUUUGUGGGGUAUUUUGGUCUUUAUACUAUCUAUGUCAAAACGAUUGCAAAUCUAUCGUUGAUUUGUAUUUCGGCUUCCAUUAUGGGAUUUGGUUCAGUAAACACUUACUAUUCAGCAUUAAAAUUAUCUCAAGCUAAUUUCCCUCAUCAUAAGGGUACUGCUUCGGCUUUCCCUGUAAGUUUUUAUGGAUUAUCUGCCACGAUGUUCUCAGCAAUUGCUGCAAGAUUUUUCAAUCACGACACUGGCGGAUUACUAAGAUUUUUGGCUAUAUCUUGUGGUUUGACCACUUUCUUUGGAGCUUUCUUCUUUCAGAUCCAUAUUGAUCAUGAUGACCAUGAAGAUGAAGAAAAUACAAAUUUGCUCAACUCUAAUGAUAAUGGUUAUAAUACUAUAGAAGAAUCACCCGUGAUCGAGAGUGAUGAUGAUGAUAGCAAAUCAUUUACUGGGUCCUUUUCAUUCUGGGGAGUGGGCAGCAGGAGUCAUAGCGGUUCUUCAGCGUCAUCUAUGGUGUCAGAUUAUGUACCAGUCCAAGAUGAGAGACCAGCUUUAAAUUCGAGGACUAAUUCUUUCAAUGGUAAUACCCAAAACGUCAAUAGAAAAGCUUCUUUUGGCAACCUUUCAAAGAAUAGCUCUUUCACCAAUCUUGCUGCCGGUAUGUCACUGUCCAAUAGUGUCCCCGUAUCUAAUGAUUUGAACAGUAAAGUAAAUUUGAAUCCUAACCAAUAUUCCAACCAAACACAUUAUGUGAAGAUAAAGGUUAAAAAACAAAAGACCCCUUGGGAAAUCUUCAAAAUGUUAUUCUCUUCGAAGGAGUUUCUUAUUCACUAUUUAUUGAUUGCCUUGUUUAGUGGGACCUGUCAGACAUAUAUUUAUUCUGUUGGAUUUAUCGUUACUGCCCAAACCAACUACAAAGGAGGUUUGGCUACCAACCCCAGUGUUGAGCAAGUUCAGAGUCUUCAAGUGUCGAUAAUUUCCAUCGGAUCAUUUUUAGGUCGUUUGAGCUCAGGUAUUAUCUCGGAUAUAGUUCAUAAGAAACUCAAAGCUCAAAGAUCUUGGAUGCUUGUUGUUUUCAUAUUCUCAUUGGCCAGUGGGCAUUAUAUAACAAUGACGAAUUCAGGAAACCUUUCGUUGUUAUCAUUGGCUUCUGCACUUACUGGAAGUUCUUAUGGAUUGGUUUUCGGCGUGUAUCCUGCUAUUAUUGCUGAUAAUUUUGGAACCAAAACCUUUACCACUGCAUGGGGUCUAAUCUGUACUGGACCCUUAGUAUUAUUCUAUAAUAUGGAAAGAUAUUUUGGUCAUCUUUACGAUAGGAAUUCUGAUCCAGCUACUGGCCUUUGUUAUAAAGGUAGUGGAUGUUAUGAUGCUGCAUUCAAAAUCUGUUUUUAUCUCACUUCGAUUAUGUUGAUUACUAACUUUAUAUUAAUCUAUAUACAACACAAGAAGGAAAAGUCCAGGGGUAUAUAA